AUGUCGAAGGAAGUCCCCAAAGGCGGCGACACUUUCAAAGGCGUGCACUUACCGGAGGGAACGCGCAUCGGUUACGGAGCGUGGGGUAUCUUCCGCCGAGGCGACAUUUGGGGUCAGGACGCCGACGACUUCCGACCGGAUCGAUGGCUCACGGCGGAUGCGGAGAGCCUGAGAUCGAUGGAGGCAACGCUCGAGCUUGUCUUUGGCCACGGCAAAUGGAAGUGUCUCGGACGGAAUGUGGCGAUGAUGGAGCUGCAGAAGUUAUUUGUUGAGCUGCUACGGAGAUUUGACUUGGUAUUGUGUGACCCUAUGAGGCCAUGGAAGUCACUCAACUAUGGGAUCUUUCUGCAAUCCCAGUAUUGGAUGAGGGCAUACCAGCUACCGGUAGAAGCGUCCGGCCAAGAUAGACCACAAAAAAGCGAGGAUGCGCUGCCUGCCGUCGCCGCUGCAGGUUUGUGA